AUGAAUGACUUCCAGACGGUUUUGGAAAGAUCGGGUCUCCACGCCUCUCCACAGCAGCGUCCCACUGCUGCACAUUUACUAAAACAUUCCGCCUUUAAGGAUCCAUUUGCAUACAUUGUAUCAUUUCUUUCGGACUAUGUGCUAAAAUCGGAUACCGAGCGCUUUCAUUUUUUCGAUGAACUUCCCAAAUUGGCACGGCAAAUUUCAGAAGAGGUCUUCUGCUCAUCAAUCAUUCCCCUUAUUUUGGUUCCCUCAGUGUUCACCGAUUUUCCCGCGAAACCAUUGGUUCGCCACCUACUCACGCCUCGCAAAGUCGUCCCAUACAUCUCUCGCCUCUUCCGUUGCCAUGAACUCACUACGCGCCUCCUGCUUUUGCAGCACUUUAAAGCCUACGCACGGCUUAUGGGCUAUGAGACCCUCAGAGCAAUCAUUCUACCCGAGGUACAUUUAAGUAUCCACGUCCACCGUCACCUCAAUCUCUUCUCCUCAAAACAGGUCUGUAUGGGUGUAUAUGAUGUAAACGAGGACCUAGCAGUGGCCAGUCUGUCUGGUUUGGCCCACCUGGCACACCUUCUCGGCAUCACAUGCACAAUGGGUCACUUCCAGAGUCUCGGAAGUCAAUUGGAAAAUCGAGGAUUCCUUACCACCUCACUAGACCCCGAAACCUCGUCGGCUUACCACAAACUGAUGGUAGCGCCCACUAAAAAACCGAUCGCCUAUUGCAUCGCUAAGCGGCCUUGGCGUCGCACCCGUGUCACCUUCUAUCCUGACUCCUCACCCAAGGCCAAUCGACAGGCACGGGAAGCAUCCACCGAAACGCGUAAUGACACGGAACGCCGACUUUGUGAUAUGGCCGUCCUCUCCGCCAAAUAUGUGCCCACUGGGGUGCCGGCUCCCAUCAAAGAAGCCAAAUCAGAAUCGGACUACGCGUUUCUUUUAAGAAAUAUAUUCCGUAACACUCAGUCACUUUCAGGUCCCUUCUCGAAUUCGUACCCUUCGGUGAGUGCGGAGGGAGUGAGUCCAGUAAAGAGUGCUGUCUUAAACGUAAAGGAUUCUUCAAAACAAGUUAUUCUGAAUGGGCUAGGAUCCCCAGUUCCCAAUGUACCAGAGGGUAAACUCCCCAAUGUCAAGGAGGAUUCAACAGUUCCACCCUCCAAGGAUUUAUCGAGUCAGAGCCUCACUGCUGACAACAACGAUAGCGAUACCGAUCAGUGGAACGACUGGACCUCGGACAGUGAGGACGAUAAACUUGCUGCCAAAGCCUCAUCGUCACUUUCCCUGAAAUCAUCGAAUUUCCUCUCACGAACGGAAAAUGAGUUAGGAGAAAGUGUUACACAAGUGAAAGCAAUUCUCGAAGAAAUAGAACCAAAAACCACUUCAUAUUCUGCGGUGAGUUCAAUCUCCCAAAGAGGCGAUCUCUCAUCUGCUGCCCCAUUACCUUCAGCAGAUGGAAGCCUUCGAUACAAGGUGGAGAAUGCUUUCGGUGAUUCAAAUGAUGAAGGGGACGAAGACGAGGGUGGAUGGAGCGCCGAGGACGACGAAUUCUAA